GUGCACUGGGCUCCGAGUCGGACGACCCGGGUUCUAGUCCUGGCCGGGGCAAGACGUUGUGCCCUUGAGACGUGCGGGAAAAGAAAUGCGAGCUCCACUUUUAGGCUCGGCUAAAUCUAUGUAUUACGAGUGACCUGAUUCGUCAAAAACCUUUCAUUUAUAAAGGGGUAAGUUUCUAAAGAAACUGUGGUGCUGCGUCGGUGGGAGAGUAUAGCAGGUAAUUUAGUGUUAACAACUGGGUUGAAAACGUAAAUUAGCCACCGUAAAGGGUAAAAAAGCUGACGUUUCGAGCGUUAGCCCUUCGUCAAUCGCUCUGACGAAGGGCUAACGCUCGAAACGUCAGCUUUUUUACCCUUUACGGUGGCUAAUUUACGUUUUCAACCCAGUUGUUAACACUAAAUUACCUGCUUUCAUUUAUAACUUUGAUAAACCCAUAGAAAAUUGAUACAUUUUGAGUUAUCUUAAAAAGGCAUUAGCCCGCGCUCUUUCGAUUAGUUUACCGGCGUAAUGACACAUUUGGAAUGCUGGGAGAACACGAGAAAAGUUCGUAAAUUGCUUGCCGGAGGCGAGUGAUUUUAAAACACUUCGAGUGUUCUCCCAACAUCCUGUAUGGGUUAUUACCCAGGUAAAUUGAUGGAAAGAGCGGUCUAUUGCUUUAAUAGUCUUCGAAAGUUGUUUUUAGUAGUUUUUCGAGAAAAAAAAGGCAAUCAAUAGGUUUACAAAAGACUGUCACCAGUCAGCUGAUAGAUGACACCCCUAAAACAUUUACGAAGAAGUUGCUCAGAAACCAUUUCAACAAAUUGCUUGAUGAAGACGGCUAUUAAAUUGGCUUGGUUAACUUUAAAAAAUCAGAUGAAAUCUUUCUUUGAUUCAUGUGUGAUCUCAGUAUUAACUGAUUACCAAAUACAGUACAAAACGAAAAAGAGUUUCUAAAAAUGUGGGUUUUCACUCAAAAUUUACAUUUGAAACUAUUAACGUUUCAUAUUACGUCAAAGUGCAAAGAUCACCUUGCCACUCUAAAACUUACCAAAACGCAAAAAGCUGACUUUUCAAUCGUUACAAAGAAACAGGUAAUUGUCCAGAAUAAGCCAAUAACCUUUCUUCACGGUAAACUGAGGAAUACAGUUAUUGACCCAAGGACAUUAUUUCAUUUUACUACUUGACAAAGCAAACAUCAUCCAUCACCUCUGGCACAAUCCGUCUCCAAAACUCGACAAGCUUUUGGUAAGAGAUUUGAAGAACGUUAAUGUUGUUUUAACAUUGGACACAUUCACCUCAUUUCUUUUUACCUGUGUUUAAGAUAAAAUCAUAACUGGUUAAAAAUGAUGUGAAAUAUAUGAAACAUAUCUAAGAUGUAACUGGUCAGUGUUUCCUAACGAAUCGAAUGCGAGAUGUGUAGUAAUAUCUGCAGAAAAAAUUCAAGUUUUAAACUUUGAUUUUUAAAAAACAGAAAGAACUUAAAAACGGAAAAACUUCGGGAAUGUUUAACGAAUAUACUCUAAAAUCAGUUAAUUAACUAGUUACCGUUGUCAUCUGUUGAGACCGUGGAGACCUUUGGUUUUUUUCUGUUUGUUUGUUUAUCGGUUGGUUUGGAAGUUUUAGACAUCACUUGCCAGAGAUUAACUUGUUAAUUUUUGGUAUUUCUCCAGCAGGGAUACAUGAUAAAAAAUUUCCAACAUUAAUACUAUUACGGAGUCAUUUCUCGAUUCAUUCAAAUUGAAAACUACCAGAAUAAGAAUUUCACGUUAGUGAUUUGAUUAUCUAAAACAGAUCUUCAAUAUAAGAUAUCUCCUUUUCAUCUCUUCUUUACUUUUUUUUCCUGCAGGAUUUCCUUUAGAGAAUGUGGCCUUGUUAUCUCUUGCUUGCCAUUGUAGCAGUCGAUGGAGGUAAAGGAGAUUCCUUUUUGAUUAAUGAAGUUUAAAUUUGGCUAUUUUCUUUUAUGUAACUAAUCGAUUUUUAACUAUACCGCAUGACAAUUACAACGCGGUCGAAAGGGGCGUCUCAGAGGACGAUAAUAUGUUGACGAUUAUAUGUCAGUCCGCUGCAAGGGGGGUAGUUUUAUUUAUCGGAAACAAAAUAAAGCAGGAAAUCUAUAGGAGAGGUUACUAAAACAAAAUCUAAAUAAGGCUACAGUUUUAGAAAACCAAUAGAUCCGGAAAUAUUUUGAGGCCGUUGUUCGAGAUAAAAAUAUAUUUUCCAGUCUUAUCAAUAAGCCUUCCUGAUUUUCUUGUCGCAGAUGUAUUCCAGAAUUCUCAAAAUUUUAAGCUUUCUGGUUCUGGAACGGCGGAGAAAAAUGGCAAAAUCAAUUUAAACCUUCAAAUUCAGAUCGCAGGAACUGGGGAGAGUCCGAUAGGAGGUCUAACGGGGGCGAGUCCGACAACAAGUCCAACGGGAGCCUCGGGAGUUCCGGGAGCAGCUCCAAUUACUGGGGCACCAACAGCAGGAACAGGGGGAAGUAUGCUACAUCAAUGCUUAGUUUUGACCUUCAAGUCUUUCUCUUUCAUUUCUCUUCUGUAGAAUAGAACUACCGGGAGCAGGGGGAAGUAUGUUACAUGAAUGCUCACUUGGACCUUAAAACCUUCUUUCAUUUUCUUUCUGUAGUAAAUGAAAACUAAACAUACUUCAUUUACUUAACAUGAUCUAACGAGGCGAAAUUUUGUAUGAGAUAACAUCUCACAACAUAGCACGACAAACAUACUAUAAGAUAGAUGUGACUUGUCAAAGCAGUUUCAGGCUACAUCGCAAUCUCAGCCUCAGACUGCACAACUGGGAGAGCCGAGUGCUUCUCUUGAAUAGCAGAAUUAGAAAUUGUUUCUAUCAGUUGUCCUCAUGUUAACAUUUGUUGCUCAGGGGCAAGUUUACGCGAGCUUGAGAAUAAAACCAUACGACCUAGUUUAAAAUGUUCUACUUAUAAAAAGGGCGACAAAUGCUUUUGCAUGGCCCUGCACUGGGUAUAGCAUCGAUUCUUUCUUAACG